AAUAGGUACAUUUUGUAAAGGACUUUUAUAGAAUAAGUACUCUUUAUAAUGUAGUUUAGUACAUAUGAAUUUAGUAAAUACAGAAUUGCAUAAGAUUAUUUUAAUAAUUGUUGUUCGUAAUCUUCACAUUCUACAUAAUUCACCUACUUAUAAAAGGAAAUCAAAAAAUAUUAUAUCUCAGACCUCAAAUUGACUUUACUUCCGGUCAUUCGGAUUUCGUUCAUAGGUUUCACACUAUUUGCAAUUUUUAAAGAUUGUUUACAUACACGACGCCGACGUGUGGACUAGAGACCGUAUAAAAUAAGGCGGACGCUUACCCUCGCGUUACUGACAUUUUUGGUGACCUGGCUGUAUCGGAAUUUCUGAUCCUGAUCUUCCAAAGAUAUUAAAUAUGGAUAAUAUCGAGCAAAAUCCCCGAAUGAUUUUCGGCGAAGAAGAGGCUGAAGAAUAUCGGCAGCGAAGCCAGCACCGCACUAUAAGUGUGACUUCGGAGCCAUCUCUUCAGGGAUCUGACAUCUCCGAUGAGGACGAGUUGGACCGGACUUUCGAAUCUGAGGAGAGUGCUGCUCUAUCGGAGGCAGCUGGAGACUCCGAAGGCCAAGCAGAAUGGGAGGAAGGCCCAUUUGUUCCCAUCGACGUGCCAUCCACUCCACCCAGCCCAGGGCUGCUCGUAAGGGGUACCGCGUCAAUGACGCCUUUCCAAUAUUUUCAGAUAUUUUUUAAUUUAUCUUUUUUAAGGAAUUUAGCAUGCAUGACCAACGAGCAUGCUGAAAAAAUAAUCACAGGGACAAUCAUGAAACCUGAGAGCCGACUCAGGAGGUGGAAAGCCACCACUGCCGAGGAAAUUCUAACUUUCCUGGGUAUUUUAUUCUUUAUGGGGACAGUUACACUGUCAAAAAUUAAUGAUUACUGGAAGAAAUCACAUUUAGUUAGUUUUAAUUUACGAAAGUAUAUGAGCCGCAAUAGAUUUUUAAUAAUCUUACGGAUGCUGUACUUCAAUUAUGAAAGUACAAGUACUCAUAUUUAUGAUAAAGUGGAUCCACUCAUCGAAUAUUUUAAUAAUACAAUGAAAGGUUCUGUUUACCCAGAAAGGGAGCUCACGAUAGACGAGUCUAUGGUUUUAUUUAGAGGACGGCUCGCCAUUCGUCAGUAUAUUAAAAAUAAACGCCACAAGUAUGGUAUCAAACUGUACAUAUUAGCUGAUCCCAAAGGACUUGUGCACAGGAUACACAUGUAUAGGGGAUCAGCUGAUAGCGAAGUGAGCGGUACUGGACACGCAAAAAAAGUCGUCCUCAAAUUAACCGAAGACUUUAUUAACGCUGGUCACUCGUUAUACAUGGACAAUUAUUAUAAUAGUGUAGAUUUAGCAGAAACUUUGUUACGCCAAAACACGUACUGCACAGGGACACUUCAGGUGAAAAGCAAGGGAAAUCCGGUAACAGUGACCAGCAAAAGAUUGACAAGAGGUAGUGUCGUAUACAGAAAAAAUCGGAAUGGUGUAUGUGUCAUGAAGUGGAAAGACAAAAGGGAUGUUUUGACUCUUUCCACAGAACAUACACCCGAUAUCCUGAAUACAACAAACUGGCGUGGUCAUGGCAUGUUGAAGCCUGAAAUUAUUAUAAAAUAUAAUAAAUUUAUGAAAGGUGUAGACCGGUAUGACCAAAUGCUGUCCUACUACCCAUCUGAGCACAAAACCAUACGGUGGUAUAAAAAAAUUGGCAUCCACAUAAUGCAGAUGAUGUUUUUGAAUUCCUAUUUCAUGUUUAAUGGAGGGACUGGGAAAAACAUAUCAUUGGAAUCAUAUAGAAAUGAGGUAUUGCGUGGCCUUUUGCCACCACCUAUUUCAAGAAUAGAUCCUCCAGCGCUCCCAACACACAUGCCCAAGGAAUUGAACAGAAAUUCCAAUGGUGUGUUGAAGCGGAGAAAGUGUGUUAGAUGCUGGAGUGUACACAAAAAGAGGAAGGAUAGCGGUAUGUUCUGCCCUGAUUGCGACGUAGGGCUAUGCAUUGCAUGUUAUGGCGCAUAUCAUAUUGAAAACAAAUUAUUACCUUAG